AACAGCAAGAAAGGAAUCCCUACAAAGCACUUAUGAAUGAAAAGUCGGUAUUUAUUUUUAAAUAUUUUUGUGUAAUUUCCCACUACUCAGUACACUUACUUAUCAGUAGUCACAUAAUUAAAUUUUGAGCACCACUGUCUGUGCCUCAGAAUUGGACUUUGAGACCUGCUGGGAAGGUGGAGUUAGUGUUGAUUCAUCACGGAUCAAAAGGCGAUUUCGCCAGUCAUCCCCUGCCCAACUGCAGGGAAUUCGGGGCUGUAGCAUGAGUCCACUUUUUACUGUGCGACGAUAGGAUUAACAUCUGGAGGAUUUUUGUGUCUCGGACGUUUCAAAAGUUUGGAUCAUGAGGCUUCCAGAAGAACUGUGCGUGUUAGGCCUCUCACUGCUGGCUCCUGCAGUUUUGUACACUAUGAACAAUGUCCCUGCACUCCAGGAGCCUCUGCUUAUCCUGGGAAUGGGAAUGGCUAUCCUGGGAUCUAUUCUUCUUCUACUACUCCUUCUAACAAUGCCACAUAAGAAGGCAGUAGACCCUUUAUUUUAUGUGUUUGCAGAGUUUUCUUUCACUUGUUUGGUGGGCUUGACCAAUGCACUGGAGCAGGAUGGCUUCAUAUCAGGCUUCAUGAGCUUCUACCUCAAGAUGGGAGAGCCUCAUCUGAGUACUGCCUAUGCUGUCAUGAUGUCAUACUGGGAAGGUGUCGUUCAUUUUAUUCUCUUCCUAAUGAUCAUUCACCGCAUGUUCAGAGGAAAGUCCUACCGCAGUCUGGCACUGUUUUGGGUGGGAUCCUCCAUCGCGCAUCAGCUUGUUCACAUCCCUGGGGUGGUUGUGGGUAAACACGGAUCAAACAUUCAUCCAGCUUUUUGGAGAAACAUCCCCUUCUUUUUAGCACCUUUCUGGGCAGCUGUCCUUCUUUUUAGCAGGUCAAGAGAGAUGCCAAUCAUCACAGCAGACAGGAUCGAAACCGAACAAAAAAAAAGUUUGCUCUCCCGUCCUCUUGACCUGCAACUUGCACUAUUGCUACUCGCAGGUGUGGCCGUCUCUGUUUUUAGAGGCUUUGUGGUGCUGGAUUGUCCUCUAGACUUUUGCUUUAAAUACAUCUAUCAGUUUGAACCGUAUCUCAAAGAUCCAGUGGGCUUCCCCAAAGUCAUGAUGCUGGUCUAUUUGUUCUACGCUGUCCCCUUACUGACAGUCUUCAUCUGUGGUCUGGUAAAACCAGGAUGCAGCUGGAUGCUGGAUUGGACUGUCUUCUUCGCUGGAGCUGCUGCUCAGGCCCAGUGGUGCCACAUCGGAGCAUCUCUACACUCCCGCACUCCCUUCACGUACCGAGUCCCUGCAGACAAAUUGUGGACCGUUAUCACCUUCAAUGUGCUCCUUGCUGUUGUGCCCGCUCUGCUGGCUUUGCACUGCCACAAUAAUCCUGCCUAUUUCAUGAAACCUGUUCCCCAAGGACAAACCGAUAGCAACAAGAAGAAAAAGUAGACCGCACAAGGGUUCUCCAACUACAUGAUUCGUCAACACUAAACUUUCUCAGCACACUACCUAAGUUCCAGCCCUCCCAUCCCCCAACAAAGAGGAAAGCUGUAAUCGUGUUUCUGUGAGUGGACCUGUGCAACACUCCCUGUAUGGACUGCUGAACUCAGAUAAGGAGGUUCUUAACGGGACUAUGAUCAGUUCAUACUCAUUUUCAGGCAGGUAACUCAGAUGUACAUUGUGUACUCUUGCAGUCUAGCCACAUCUUCAUCAGCUUUUGUGAUGGAAUUAAACAGCAACAUAAAAAAUAUCAUAUUUUUCCAAAUAGCAAUCCUCUUAGCCUCAUAAUUUUCAUUUUACAAAGAACAAUUGGCUAACUUGCUUAGUAAAAGUCCGCUAGCU